AUGCCCUCCCUCUCUAUCUUCCGCGUGGCGACCCGCGCCGUUCGCCCUACUGGCUUCUUCAGAGCUCCCCAAUUGGCCCAGUCCCGGAUCCAGUCCCCGGUCACUCUGGCCGCCGCCCGCGCCUCCAACUUCGGUACUACCGCUAUGCGCCGCUCCGGCCACGAGGAUGAGACCUACGAAGAGUUCUCUGCUAGAUUCGAGAAGGAAUUCGAUGGUGUUCAGGACGUUUUCGAGCUCCAGCGCAACCUGAACAACUGCUUCGCUUACGAUCUCGUUCCCUCCGUUGAGGUCCUCACUGCCGCCCUCAAGGCCGCCCGCCGUGUUAACGACUACCCCACCGCUGUCCGCGUCUUCGAGGGUGUCAAGGCUAAGGUCGAGAACCCCGAGCAGUACAAGCAAUACCUCGAGUCUCUCGAGAGCCUGCGUGUGGAGUUGGGUGUUGCCCUCCGUGAGGAGCUUUACCCCCAGGAGGCGUAA